AUUUUAAGGAUGAGCACCAAGCAACAUCUCCAGGUGCUCCUUUGAGAACCAGGGCAAAAAAGUUAUGUGCACCCCUGACUAUAACAUCUGUUUGCACGGUUGCGCGUUUACGGUCUGACAGACAGCAGGGCCGUCUCUGUUCAACCAAUUACUGGCCGGUGUUUGUGUGUGUGUGUGUGUGUGUCUCUGGGCGGCCUCUCUCUCUGCGCGAGGACAGACAAACAGUAUCUGCGGGACAAACCGUUCACGACACUAUACUCUGCGCCAUGGGGUCUCCUGCGGCUCGAGCCUGCUGCACAGCAUUGGUCUUGGUGUUACUGAGCUCAGCAUCCGAGGAAGGGAAAGCCGUCGAGCAACGCGAGGUCACCUUCGACAUUGACGAAUUCAUGCAAGAAAUGCAACUACCCCAUUCCGCAAAUACCUGGAAGGUCCAGGAGCUAGGCUUGACAGCUAGAGGAGGUCGACCAAGUUUUCGGCCCCGUUCCGCUGGUGGCCCUCCACGGCUGGAAUAUCCUGUUGAGUUCCCCCUCGGCCAACCGACUUUCGACAAUAUCCAAGCCAUCUGUAUCAAUGGAGACCAUCGUCCCCGCUACCCAGACUCGUACUUUCCUGUCAGUGGUUAUGGGAAGUUGAAGCGAAUGGCCAGUUCUGUCAACGAGUUAGAGUACCUCUUAAAUGCAUGCUGCGGGAGCAACCACACGUGGGGGACAGAGGUGACGCUGUGUUGCGCCUCAAUGGCGUGGAAGUUCGCAAUCAAUUCCUACUGUGAGGAGGACGCAAGCAUAAAGGAUCGUCAAUCUGAAUGCUGCAAGCCGAUGGGCAGCGACAGGCUAAACUGCUUCCAUAACGAAGCUCCGAACCCAAACUACAAGGCGACACAGGAGCUGCCGGUGCCACAGAUUCCCUCCACUGAAACCUUUGACUUUAACCCCACGGAUUGUAUGAAUUGAAUUUGAUAAAAUAACCACCAGUAAACAGUUGAUUUUGAA